AAAACCAUUGCCAUGGGCCUCAUCGACCUCAUAUGCACAACUGUCAUAGCGCCCAUGGGGAUAAAGAUCUACCAGUGCUACCAGGACCAUAUCCGAUCGUUGAAGACCCUAGCACCUGUGAUAUUGUCAAGGCUACACAGUAUGGAAUAAUAGAGCGAUGCAAAGAACUGGUAGAAGCAGGAUAUGAUGUUCGACAACCAGACAAAGAAAAUGUGACUCUUCUUCACUGGGCAGCGAUAAACAACAGACAGGAGCUGGUUAAAUACUAUAUUUCCAAAGGUGCAAUAGUGGAUCAGCUAGGUGGAGAUUUGAAUUCAACUCCCCUUCACUGGGCCAUUAGACAAGGACACCUACCUAUGGUCAUGUUACUGUUGAAAUGUGGAGCGGAUCCCGGUCUUAUUGAUGGGGAAGGAUUCUGUAGCAUUCAUUUAGCAGUGCUGUUUCAACACAUGCCCAUUGUAGCUUACCUCAUAUCAAAAAGCCAGAGCAUAGACACAACAGACUUCAAUGGACAAACACCUUUAAUGUUAUCAGCACAAAAAGCGAUUGGACCAGAACCCACGAGGUUUCUCUUAAAGUUUAACCCCUCUCUCAAUGCUGUAGACAAUGUUCAGAAGAAUACUGCACUGCAUUGGGCAAUAACAUCAGGAAAUACUAGUGCAGUGGAUCUGUUGCUGGAAGCUGGUGCUAGCCUGGACAUAAAAAAUGUCAAG